AUGGAAGAUGUGCAACAACAAGGUCAAGAAGGCUAUUAUCAGAGCAGCACGUCAAGGGAUGGAGUGUACUGCCUUAAGGGGGAAGGUCAUGUUGUGGUACGCGGAUAUUACGUUGGGCUCACGGUGCGACCUCGGUUUAAAAAUGCACCCUCUGACCUUUCGUGGAGAACAAAGUAUAUGCUUCCCAUCAUUGCACUGCUAUACUUUACUCGACUUGGAAGACGAUGGGUGUCUUUCUUGGCAACAUGGCUGGAUCCACGGCUAGUGGUGUUAAAGUCGGCUGGGGAGGGGCUUCAUGUCACCGUUAAAACCGGUGUUUUGACGCCACGUUCCUACGGGAGGCUAGAAGGCAGUGCGGGUACUGCAUUCCUUGGCAGUGCGCUUUUAUUAUUGCUAUUAUUGCUGGAGACAAGAUUCAUUGCAGCGGCAUCAUGA